AUGUCCGGCGCCCGUUGCCGGACCCUUUACCCCUUCUCCGGGGAGCGGCACAGCCAGGGGCUGCGCUUCGCCGCGGGGGAGCUGCUCACGCUGCUACAGGUCCCGGACGGCGGCUGGUGGGAAGGCGAGAAGGAGGACGGACUCCGUGGCUGGUUCCCGGCGAGCUACGUGCAAUUGCUGGAGAAACCUGGAAUGGUCCCCCCUCCACCAGGAGAAGAAAGCCAGACGGUGUUGCUCCCACCUGGCUGGCAAAGCUACUUGUCUCCGCAGGGCCGGCGUUACUAUGUCAACACCACAACCAAUGAGACCACCUGGGAGCGUCCCGGCAGCUGUCCUGGGAUUCCAGCAAGCCCUGGCCCUCAGAGGAGUUCCCUGCUUCCAACAGUGAAUGGAUACCACGCAUCAGGGACCCCAGCACACCCUCCAGAGACUGCUCACAUGAGUGUCCGAAAAUCCACUGGUGAUUCCCAGAACCUGGGAUCCUCAUCACCAGGCAAAAAGCACAGCAAAGAGAACUCCAUCACGAUAAACUGUGUGACGUUCCCUCACCCAGACACCAUGCCGGAGCAGCAGCUGCUGAAGCCGACUGAGUGGAGCUAUUGUGACUACUUCUGGGCGGAUAAGAGGGACCCGCAAGGCAACGGCACCGUAGCUGGGUUUGAACUGCUGCUUCAGAAACAAUUGAAGGGCAAACAGAUGCAGAAGGAAAUGUCAGAGUUCAUUCGGGAAAGGAUAAAGAUUGAAGAAGAAUAUGCAAAGAACUUAGCUAAGCUCUCUCAGAACUCCUUGGCAGCCCAGGAGGAAGGCUCCCUGGGAGAAGCAUGGGCCCAAGUCAAGAAGAGUCUUGCAGAUGAAGCUGAAGUUCACCUCAAGUUCUCUGCCAAGCUUCACAGUGAAGUAGAGAAACCCCUCAUGAACUUCCGAGAGAACUUCAAGAAAGACAUGAAAAAGUGUGACCACCACAUUGCUGAUCUUCGCAAGCAGCUAGCCAGCCGCUACGCCGCUGUGGAGAAGGCCCGGAAAGCCCUCACUGAGCGGCAGAGAGACCUGGAGAUGAAAACCCAGCAACUGGAGAUCAAGCUCAGCAACAAAACAGAGGAAGACAUCAAGAAGGCACGGCGGAAGUCCACACAGGCUGGGGAUGACCUCAUGCGCUGUGUGGACCUCUACAACCAGGCCCAGUCCAAGUGGUUUGAAGAGAUGGUGACCACCACACUGGAGCUGGAGCGGCUGGAGGUGGAGCGAGUCGAGAUGAUCCGGCAGCAUCUAUGUCAGUACACACAGCUGCGGCAUGAGACCGACAUGUUCAACCAAAGUACAGUCGAGCCUGUGGACCAACUGCUUCGAAAAGUGGACCCCGCCAAAGACAGGGAGCUGUGGGUCAGAGAGCACAAAACCGGCAACAUCCGCCCUGUGGACAUGGAGAUCUAGGGGGGCACAUGCGGCCCUGGGGGGCCUGC